AUGAUGAGCGGGAGGAAGAACGCCGGCAAGGCCUCUUCUUUCUUGCUCGUCCUGAUCUCGGUCGGAUGCUUCUUCGCGACCUACAACUUCUUGACAAUGGUGGGCCACGGCCGGGGCCGGGACGGGCCACGCAAGAUGCUCGAUCACGACGGCGCUCUGUCCUUCGCCUCUGGCUCCGACCCGUCCAAGAGGUUCCACGUCGCCCUCACGGCCACGGACGCGCUCUACAGCCAGUGGCAGUCGCGGAUCAUGCACUACUGGUACAAGGAGAUGCGAGGCCGGCCUGGCUCAGACAUGGGCGGCUUCACGCGGAUCCUCCACUCCGGGAAGCCGGACGGGUUGAUGGACGAGAUACCCACCUUGGUGGUUGACCCCCUCCCUGAAGGUGCGGAUAAGGGCUACAUCGUCCUCAACAGGCCUUGGGCGUUCGUCCAGUGGUUGCAAAAGGCGGACAUCGAGGAGGACUAUAUACUUAUGGCUGAGCCAGACCACAUCUUUGUCAAGCCAUUGCCGAACUUAGCUCGUGGUGACCAACCUGCCGCAUUUCCCUUCUUUUACAUAAAACCUACUGACAAUGAGAAGGUACUAAGGAAGUUCUUUCCGAAAGAAAAAGGCCCUGUCUCAAAUAUUGAUCCCAUUGGUAACUCGCCAGUGAUUAUCCAGAAGGCCCAGCUUGAGAAAAUUGCUCCAACCUGGAUGAAUGUUUCGUUAAAAAUGAAAGAGGAUGUGGAGACAGACAAAGCUUUUGGAUGGGUCUUGGAAAUGUAUGCAUAUGCUGUCGCAAGUGCAUUGCAUGGUGUGCGCCACAACCUCCGUAAAGAUUUUAUGAUUCAGCCUCCCUGGGAUGCGAAAACUGAUAACACUUUCAUCAUCCAUUAUACCUACGGAUGUGAUUACUCAUUAAAGGGUGAGCUGACUUAUGGAAAAAUUGGUGAAUGGCGGUUUGACAAAAGAUCGUAUCUUCGUUCACCGCCACCAAGAAAUCUCUCAUUACCCCCUCCAGGAGUUCCUGAAAGUGUGGUCACCCUUGUAAAGAUGGUGAAUGAGGCUACUACAGGUAUUAUAGGGUGGGAUGAAGAAAGAUGAUUGCUGAUUUUUGCUGGAGAUGAGCUUAGUUCAGCUGAUCCUGGAGUAGAAUCAGAGAAUCUGAGUAGUCAAUAAUACGGUAGUAUUCAAUUGAUGUUCUCUCGAGCGGAGGAUGGAUGGUGGCUAAUUUCUACAGAUUGACAUAGAUUUAGUGGUUGGCAGGAGAGAGGAUAAGUACUCGUUUCAUCAAACAGAGUUGUCAACAUUUUUCCAUUGUAAAGCAGAAACAUAAGUUCUCUUUCUCACACUUGCAUUCUCCUGGUUCAUUCAGUUGUAAAGCCGAAAUGAAGGGUCUUGAAUGUAUGCUUCUAUACUUAUCAUGAGUAGUAUGAUCACAGCUUGGAAUAAAUUCUGGUCGUUGCCCA